AUGUCACCUUCAUCAACGAUAUCCUCGAAGGAUCAUGUGACCGCAAGGGUAGGGCAAGGCGUUACAGCUUUGAAACCACGAGUCGUGGCGGUACCUCGGGCCAUAGUGUUCGGUGCUAGCGAUUUGGAUGAACCCCAACCAAUGUUUGAAAGUGGAUCAGUUAGACGUAUGUUAAAGUCAACAAAAGCGUGUCAGAGGUCAACGAAUCCGCAAUAG